UGGUAACUUACAACACAACAACCAUGGUAGGUUCUUGCACAUGUAAGUUGUUUGAGACACAUGGUAUCCCGUGUCGUCAUCUGAUCCAUGUCCUAAGAAACGCCCAGGUAAAUGAACUGCCAAAGCACUUUGUACUCAAAAGGUUUAGAAAAGAGUGCAAAACAGAGCCAUUCUUUGAUGAAGAUGGCAUUCUGUUGGAAGCCAAUGAGAGUAGUUCAAUUGAUCCAGAGAUACAAAAACUAGUUUCAGAAACACGAGAGAAUAUGGAAGAGCUUUUAGUACAAGCGAAGCAAUCUCAGGUCGGCAUACAACUCUUGAGAGAUCACAUUUUCGCACUUGGAGAGCAAUUAUCUACUCUAGUUCCAGCGAAAGAACAAACUCAAACAGAAGAAUAUGAGGAAUUUCUAGGUUGUUCCAUUCCAAGUGAGGUUGAUAUCCAUCCUCCAAAUGAUAUUCGUUCAAGGGGUAGAAUAAAAAGACUAAAGGGAUACAGGGAUAAGGGUGGAAAGAAAAGACAGAAAGAGAAGACAAGAAAAAGGAAGUGCAGAAGACAUGAUUACGGUUGCUUGGUGGCACUACUGGCUUCUGCAAGUUAUUUGGACUAAUAUACUAUGGCAUUGUGUUGUUCUUAUCUAGUGUACUAGAGCCAUUAGCCAUUGGCGCCAGACUUAUGCAUGUUAUUAGCUA